UCCUCACUGUCUCCGACUUGUCUUCAUUCUUUUCCGCCUCUGCUCCGAUUUUUCCCUCUGAUUAAUUCUCUUUUUCAGUUUUUCAGCAGAAAUCAUUGCGACAUGGCGCUCUGAAGAUAUACGGAAGCUUCUGAGAGCUGUUUUUGUCGCGCCAGGAAAUGCUCAGGAUACUGAACAAGCAGCUGAAGCGCCUCUUCCGGUGGCCGCGCCGACGCCGGAGCCGCCCGAAGAUCGUCGUCAGAAAAUUCGGACGAUCGAACUCGAGAACGCACUCCGACCAGAAGGAUUCAGCCAGCAGUAUUUCCUCCGCCGUGAUUCAUCCAAGCUGCACCGAUUUGGCCGCGCCUAGACGCGUUAGGGUAGCGACAUUCAACGCCGCGCUGUUCUCCAUGGCGCCGGCGGUUCCGACGUCGGCGAAAUCUGCGUCGCCGCCGGAAAGUAACCGCGAAUUCGACCGAAAUCCGUCGUCCAUAGACGACCGGCCGAAGAGCAUACUGAAGCAGUCUCCGCUCCAUCCUGCCGCCGCGGAGGAGGAGAAUCUCUCACGGCGGCAGAAAUUCGCGAAAUCGAGAUUGAGAGUGUCGAUAAACUUACCUGACAACGAGAUCUCGUUGAAGCGGAGCGGCCAAUUGAGCUUCGCCGCCGACGAAGGAUCAGGAUCAGGAACAGGAACAAUAUCUAGGGUUACGAAGGGGAAGGCUCCAAUUAGGGGAAAUAGCUUAACAAACGGCGUCGUUUCGAGGAGCAGUAGAACAAUAGUGGAAGUGCUGCGUGAAUUAAACGCCGACGUUUUGGCUCUGCAGGACGUGAAGGCAGAGGAGGAGAAGAACAUGAAGCCAUUGUCGGACCUGGCCGGAGCUUUGGGGAUGAACUACGUGUUCGCGGAGAGCUGGGCGCCGGAGUACGGCAACGCGAUACUCUCGAAAUGGCCGAUCAAGCGGUGGAAGGCGCAGAAGAUCGUGGAUGAUUCGGAUUUCAGGAACGUGGUGAAGGCCACCAUUAACGUACCUGGAGUUGGGGAAAUGAACGUCUUCUGCACGCUGCUGGAUCAUUUAGAGGAGAGGUGGAGGAUGAAGCAGAUGGACGCCAUAAUGGCGUCGACGGGGGUUCCUCACAUCCUCAUGGGAGGCUUAAAUUCCUUAGACGAAUCCGAUUACUCGCAGGAAAGAUGGACAGACAUUGUCAAGUAUUACGAAGAAAUGGGGAAGCCGACGCCUAAGGCCGAGGUAAUGAAGUAUCUAAAGAGCAAAGAAUACACCGACGCUAAACACUUCGCCGGAGAGUGCGAAUCCGUGGUCAUGAUCGCCAAAGGACAAAGCGUACAGGGGACGUGCAAAUACGGCACGCGCGUGGAUUACAUAUUGUCAUCAUCCGGCGCGCCAUACAAGUUCGUCCCGGGAUCCUACUCGGUGUUCUCUUCCAAAGGAACUUCCGAUCAUCAUAUAGUGAAAGUCGACGUGAUCAAAGAAGCGGGUAGCUCGUGCGCUAGCAAGAAGACUCGGCAGCAGCAGAGAGUGCGUACGGUUAAGAUCACGCAUUCGACGCCGCCUUCGAAGGGCGUUUGGAAUAUGCAUUCUUGAUCAAGCAUCUGGUUUGUUGUUCUUCUUGAUAUAUAUAUAUAUAUAUAUAUAGAUUAUUUGAUCUUUUUAUUGAUGUUUUGUUUUGUGUAUCUAUGUUUGAGUUGAGAUUGUUGGUGUUUACACUGAUGUAGGAUUUGUGAUUGAAGAUAUAGAUAUAUAUAGAUAUGUAUGUAUAUUUUAUGUAUAGAUUCUUAUUUCUUGAUUUGUAGACGACUUCUUUGUUUUAAUAGGAGUGGACGAAAUAUCUGAAUUGAACUUC